AUGAGUCCUGGACGCUCGGAGCAGAACCGGUCUUCCAUCCGCGGCCGCGCCCGCGCACCGCGCCCCGCGCACCGCGGCGAGUUGGAGCAGCUAGUGGAGGACCCCAGCGAGCUGUAUACCGAUCGAGAGCAGUUUGAAGGGACUUAUUACCACGAGCUAGCGACCGCACGGGAGUUGUUGGAGCGACAUCGUAGUCAGCGGGCUAAGGAGUACGCUGGCGCCAGGUCUGAGCAAACGGGCAUAGAUCUUACUCCAUUUUGGGAGCUUGACACAAUACCUUCAAAACAUAAUCUCACUGUAGACGAAAAUACAUGUGAACAAACCUUUACCACUACAACAAAACGCGAUGAAGAGGGACGCUUUGUAGUCACUUUGCCGUUGAAGGAGUCACCAGACGUAUUGGGAAGCUCUUUCGAACUGGCUAGACGCAGGUUCCUUUCCUUAGAGCGAAAGUUUGAUAGGGACCCUUUAUUUAGAGAGCGGUACAGUGAGUUUAUGACUGAAUAUGAAACCUUAGGUCACAUGAGCGGAAGUUUUCAUGACCCUUCGCGACCAUCAUACUUUCUACCACACCAUGGAAUUUUGAGGGAAUCUAGCACAACUACCAAGCUGCGGGCGGUCUUUGACGCGUCUGCUGCCACCACGUCUGGAAAGUCCCUAAACGACAUCCAGUUAGUAGGUCCUAGAAUUCAAGAUGAUUUAUUCUCUAUCCUACUUAGAUUCCGGCAACAUAGGUAUGUAGUGUCUGCGGACAUAGAGAAAAUGUACCGACAAAUCCUUGUUGACGAGGAUCAACGGUCUCUUCAAAAGAUUCUUUGGCGAUCUAACCCCUCGCAACCCAUAAAAAUUUACACACUUAAUACUGUGACUUAUGGUACAGCGUCGGCUCCUUAUCUUAGCACACGCUGUCUUCUCCAAUUGGCGCAGGAAUCUUCAGACAAGCAAACUCAAGAUGCAAUAUCUAAAGACUUUUACGUAGAUGACUUCCUGUCAGGGUCACAUUCAAUUGCUGAUACCGUGUCUCUGUGUCAAAAGGUCACAGACACUCUUCGCUCAGCAAAAUUCAAUCUUAGAAAGUGGCAAUCCAAUAGUGAACAAGUUUUGAAGCAAAUCAAUAAUGAACCUUCUCUUAAUCAUACGGUUAACUUAAGCGAAAAAGAAUUGUCAAAGACACUUGGCAUUAACUGGCAUUGUACUCAAGAUACUUUAACUUUUCAAAUAAACAUUACAGUUCCUUCCGUAGUCACCAAACGCACUAUAUUAUCAGCCAUAGCACAGGUAUUUGACCCUAUUGGUUUAGUUACACCUUGCAUUGUAGAAGCUAAAAUUUUAAUGCAAAGGUUGUGGGUGGACAAAAUUGAUUGGGAUCAGCCUCUUACAGGCAGCUUACUUGCAUCAUGGAACAAUUUUGCGAAAUCACUUCCUAACCUAAAUAAUGUAAAGAUACCAAGAUGGAUAUCAUGUGAAUCAUCUGCUUCAAUUGAGUUCCACACUUUUACUGAUGCGUCAGAAAAAGCAUAUGGAGCGUGCCUUUAUGUCCGCUCCGUGGCCGGGGAUGGCUCUGUGUGUGUGCGUCUUCUGGCCUCUAAAAGCAAAAUCGCACCCAUCAAGGCCACGACCAUCCCUCGCCUUGAACUUUGUGCAGCAUUGUUGGGAGCAAGACUGUGUACGAAGGUCCUGGAGUCACUGACUAUGAAACCAGAACGUUGCAUAUUUUGGUGCGACUCCAUGAUUGUCCUUGGUUGGUUAAAAUCAUCUCCGGCUCUUCUAAGGCCAUUCGUAAAAAACCGUAUCUCCGAGAUACAAGAUAGCUUUCAACCGGAAUGUUGGCGUUACGUUCCUUCUAAGGAAAAUUCAGCUGAUCUCGUGUCUCGGGGUCUUGAUGCGGAUCUUAUACAAACCGCGUCUUUAUGGUGGUCAGGGCCGCCUUUUUUAGCGUCAGAUCCUUCACAUUGGCCGACUGCACCUGGUUCUGAAGGUGAAACCACAUUACCAGAGAUUAUAACUCAUAAAUCAUUCGUCAUUACUUCAUCAAAUUCAGAUGACACCAAUGCCAUUCAAACCUUGAUAAAUAAUCGCUCAGAUUAUGCAAAGAUACAGCGGGUAAUUGCCUACAUAAAUAGAUUCACGUACAACUGUCGAAAUGCUAGUAAUAAAAAACAUGGUUACCUUAGUGCAUCUGAAUUAUCUGCUGCAUCUACUCUGAUCCUUCGCAUGUCUCAGCAAACUGCCUUUCCUGAAGAUUAUGAAUUGCUGAAAUUUGGAAAGGAGUUAUCAAAACAAAGUCGACUUAAAUCUUUGUCCCCAUUUUACGACUCUGGCCUUAUCAGAGUUGGCGGUCGACUUAGUAAUUCAUUUUACGAUUACGGUGUUAAGCACCCUAUAAUUGUUUGUUGUAAGCAACCUAUAAUAAGGCUCUUAGUUAGGAUGUUGCAUCUCCGCGCCCUCCAUGCAGGUCCUCAGUUACUUAUGUCAAUCUUACGUCAAACCUACUGGCCUCUUGGGGGUCUUAACUUAGUAAAGCAUACUGUUCGACAAUGUAUCCGCUGCAUUAGGCUUAAAGCAGAAACAAUUCAACCUGUAAUGGGAAACUUACCAAAGGAGCGGUUACAUCUUGAAUUUCCAUUUAUCGAAACAGGCACUGAUUACGCAGGACCCAUUUUGAUAGCCGAUCGCAAGGGUAGAGGCUGCAAGCUCGUGAAAGCUUAUAUUUGUAUUUUCGUUUGCUUAGCGACACGGGCACUUCAUUUGGAGCUUGUCUCUGACCUUACUAAAGAAGCUUUUAUUGCAGCGCUCGAUCGGUUUAUAGCUCGUCGAGGGAAGCCGAGAACCAUAUUCUCGGACAAUGGUACUACCUUUGUUGGCGCUGCCAACGAGCUCGCUAACGUGCUGAAUCAAGAUUUAGCUAAGGAUAGGGCCACUGAAGGUAUUAACUUCUCUUUUAUUCCCGCGUACACUCCUCAUUUUGGCGGCUUAUGGGAGUCCGCUGUAAAGUCGGUCAAGCAUCAUUUACGUAGAGUGUUGGGCCUUACGCAUCUAACCUUUGAAGAGGUUUCAACAUGCCUCAGUCAGGUCGAAGCAAUUUUAAAUUCACGACCUCUUACCCCCCUUUCCGACGACCCCUCUGACCUAACACCCCUUACUCCGUCUCACUUCCUUAUUGGGAGAUCUCUCACGUCUGUGCCACAUCGUCAAGUCUCCAGCCAGAACAUCUCAAGUCUCCAAAGGUUCCAUCGCAUAGAAGUUCUCAAACAGCACUUUUGGAAUCGUUUCUCAAACGAAUAUAUCUUCAACCUUCAGCAGAGAACGAAAUGGCGCCAUUCAAGAGGAAAGCUUGAAGUUGGAACCAUGGUGGUAGUGAAGGAGAACAACCAACCGCCUCUCAUGUGGUUGAUGGGCCGUAUCGUCAACGUGCUACCUGGGAAAGAUGGAGUCGCCAGAGUAGCAGACAUCAAGACAAAGAAGGGAAUCAUACGUCGAGCCUUUAAUACAAUAUGCCCUCUUCCGAUCUACAGUCUUGAAGACAAUGGGUCUUCAACGCCGGGAGUAUAUGGUGCUGAUAGCACCAGCGCAUCUUCAUGA